ACCGGAAGUGGUCCGCGGUCACGUGGUGCGAGUAAUCGCGAUGGAAGCGUGGUUCAUGGACGACAGUGACAGCGAUCCCCGGCUGCCACACAAGAAGGAGCCCAACGAGCCAGUGUCUCCGGAAGAACUGAAAGAAUUAGGGGUGUUUUACUGGAAGUUAAAUGCAGAUAUAUACGAGACGGACCCCGAGUUGCAGAAGAUCCGCGAUGAGCAGGGCUAUUCAUACAUGGACAUCAUCACCAUCCAGCGGGACAAACUUCCCAAUUAUGAGGAGAAGCUGAAGACGUUUUAUGAAGAACAUCUGCAUCUAGAUGACGAGAUCCGGUACAUCCUGGACGGGAGAGCUUACUUCGAUGUCCGGGACGCGGAUGACCGGUGGAUCAGGAUAGCUUUGGCGAAGGGGGACCUCAUUACGUUACCGGCGGGGAUUUAUCACAGAUUCACUAUGGACGAGACCAACUACACGAAAGCAAUGCGACUCUUUGUUGGGGAGCCGGUGUGGAAGGCAUACAACCGGCCAGCAGACGAACACGAAGCCCGCAAGAUAUACGUGAGCGCGCUCAGGCGCGUCGCCGAAACCGGGUCAGCUUAAUUCAGUUACGGCGUGUUGGGGGAGGUGUAUGUCAAUAUAGCUGGCAUCUUUGUACUGUGGUGUGCUAAUGGUUGACAACUACUUGUCAAAUUUAUGUUACGGGAAAUGAAAAUAUAAAUAAAAAAAAAAGUUUAAUUUCAAUUGUCACGAUGUAACCACUAAUACACAGACACUCCUGGACUUUCGCGAGGCGACUAGUCUUCAGCCCCACAUGUAAGUCAAGAUUUUACCUACGUCAGAUCCCCCUCCACCGUUAUACAACAUAGCCUAACCAGGCAUUUGUUGUAAACACAGGUAUAUAAAAAAAUACACAAUAUAAUUCCCUGGUAAACAUCAUAUUCAAUACUGCAAUAAGACACACCUAGUUAAUGAGAUUUUUUACAUGUGUAUGAAGCACUACAUUAAUUUGAAUAGAUGUUUCCUGCACAAGACAGAAAAUAACUGUGAGGAUGCAGCUGCCUGUCUUCUUUGGCUAUGCCAACCUGUCAGAUGCUUCUCGCAAGUGCUUCCCUUAAAUAAUGUGUAUAGCGGGGAUUUAUUUCCUGGGUCAAAUCCCCGAGGCAGCGGAGUCAUCCCACCAUGGGGCUCUUGAGCGAGGCCCUUAACCCCAGUUACUCCAGGGACUGGUUGACCUUAACGUCUCCUCUACGCCAGGUCAAUGAAGUGGCCUCCCGAGAUGCUUUUCCAGCUCUCCUGAAGGAUUUCCAUCUGUAUGCUGUGCCCUCAUAGGCCACGUUUCCCUCUCUCGCUGGUCAAAUUCCUCCAAAACCAUUUGUACUUUGUUUAGGUCGGGUGAACAGGUCAUGUGAUGUGACGCUCUCACUCUCCUUUGUAGAUGGCUUGGCAUGUCCAAAACGUUUUACUGGUAGUGUAAGGCAAAUUUACAUAAGUAGAGGUUUGUCUGUAUACAGUUUGAUGGUAUAUGUAAAGACGGAUAGCUUUAAACAAGGAAAUUAUGGUAUCCAUCCAUCCAUCCAUCCAUUUUCCAAACCGCUUAUCCUAUUGGGUCACGGGGAAUUAUGGUAUAUGCAUUAAAAAUUGUGACCAAGGCAGAUCAUAUUUUAUGGUUGCUUUCAAAUACAAGGUGGGAACUUAAACUGAAUCUACAUAUGUCUGUAGCUCAGAGUAUUGUAUAAAACUGACAGUUUUGAGGAUUUGUGACUGUUAGAUUUCACAACACAAACUGUUUUUCACACCCA